AACGCAGUUGAACGUGUAUAAAAAGCAACGGCAGCCGGUGGACAGAUAUCAUUCGCUUGAGAUCUCCUCACACCGGCAGGGCACAGUCCGAAAAUCACUGGAGCGUAAUUCGUUUAGUUUCGGUAGCAUCAAGUAUGAAGGCGUUCGUAGUGUUGUCUAUGGCUUUGGCCAUUGCCUCCUGUGCGGCAGUCGACGAUUCCUCGAAAAAGGAGAAACGAGGCCUGUGGGAGCUGGGAAGCGACCAUGAAAGCUACGGCUUCGAUGAUCAUCAUGAUCUACAUCAUCACGACGACCACCACCACGAGGUGAAACACGUUUCCACAACCAUCACCAAGAAGGUCCCAGUUCCAUACCCAGUUGAAGUUGAGAAGCACGUCCCCGUUCCGGUGAAGGUUCCAUACCCAGUUCAUGUCGAAAAGAAGGUUCCGGUCUAUGUUGAGAAGAAGGUUCCAGUCUACGUCGAAAAGAAGGUCCCAGUCCACGUUGACCGUCCAGUCCCAUACCCAGUCGAAGUCAAGGUCCCAGUCGUCCACAAGGAAUACGUCGAAGUGCCGAAACCGUACGCAGUUCAUGUUGAAAAGCCCGUCCCAGUGUACGUGAAGAAGCCGGUGUACAUCACGAAGCACGUUCCAGUAACUGUCCACAUCAAGGAGCACAAGAAGCACUGGGGUCUGUUCUAAGCGAUGAUCGUUGUUUUUCUUUAAUAGCAUAGA